AUGUGGCUCUUCGACCCCAGCGGCGCCAUCAAGAAAUACGAGACGCCGGAGCAGAUCAUCGACGAGUUCGUGCCAGUCAGACUUGAGUUUUACGCGAAGCGCAAGGCCUUCUUGGUCGACAAGAUGGCGAGGGAGCUGGCCGUGAUCGCGAACAAGCUGAAGUUUGUGCGCAUGGUCGUCGAAGGAACGCUCGAUGUGGAGAAGCGCAAGGCCGCGCAGCUGCAUGCCGACAUGCGCCGGCACGGCCUGCAGACCAUGAGCCAGAUCAACGGCGGCCCCAAGGCCUCGAAGGCCGCCAGUCCCGACGACGGAGGCCCGGAGGGCUUCAAGUACCUCCUGUCCAUGAAGCUCUGGUCUCUGACAGAGGACCGUCUGGUAGUCCUCACAGACCUUCACAACAAGAAGCAGGCUGAGCUGGACGAGCUCAAGGCCACCAGCCUCGAGGCCCUCUGGGAGCGUGACCUCCUGAAGCUGGAGGCGGCACUCGACGCGGACGACGCGGAGCGGGCGAAGGAGGCCGCAGCGGAAGCUAAGCUCAUCGAGAAGAGCAUGGGUGGAUCCGAGGACAGCUUCCUUUCAAACAAGCAAUGCGUUCUCGUGCUCAGCCGCAGCUUCACAGCCAAGCGCUUGCGCACAAGCGAGUGGAAGGCGAAGCGACGCGGUGCCAACCUGAAGGGAGGAGGUUGUGUCUUGGCGAAGAAGCGCGGCGAGGCAGAGAAGGGCGAGGCUGAGGGCGAGGGCGAGGCUGAGGACGAGGAGGAGGAGACCCAGACUCCCGCAGACGCGCUGGCUGGGGUGUUCUGCUGCCGGGACUUCGAUGCGCUGCUGGUCUUCUCGGAGCAGGGCAUGGUCUAUGGCAUGCAGGCCCUCGACGUGCCCUUGGCUAAGAAGAUCUCGUCCCCCGGCACCCCGAUGAGCACGUUCUUGCCUGAGCUGGGAGAGAAGCAGCGCGUCGCUGCUCUCGUGACGGUCGACCACCGGGCGCUUCGAGACCAGGUGGACCAGUUCAUCAUCCUUGCUACUGCUGAUGGCCUCAUGAAGAAGAUACCGCUCGACAGGUUCCGGGGCCUGCGGCCUGGGAAGGGCGUCAAGUGUAUCAACCUGGGGACGAACGACCGGCUUCGUUGGGCUUACCGGGUGUCCGCGCACAGCGCUCUCGUGUUGUGCACUCAGCAGGGCUACCUCUUGCGGUGCUCGCUGGGCGACGACUGCCGCAAGAAUACCCUCGCGGGUCCCGGGAUGUUAGCGAUGAAGAUGCGCAAUGGCACAGGGGAUGCCCUUGCGUAUUGUAGCAUCUCACAGCUCACCGUCCAGGAGGUGCACAGGAUCAAGAAGAAGCUGGCGGAGAAGCAGGCGAAGGCCGAGGAGAAGGGCGGCCAGGAGGAGGACGGCGAUGCCAUGGACGAGGACGACGACCACCAUGGCGGGUCCGCCCAGGCGGCCGCGGCUGGCCCGCCGCCGAAGGCGCCGCAGAAGGCGGCCAGCAAGGGCUGCGACGACGACGACUCCGACAACAACGCGGCGGCGAACGAGCCCGAGAAGGCUGGAGGCCCCGCGGGGAACGACAGCGAAGCCGAGGCCGAGGCGGACGACGGCUCAGACGGCGAGAAGCCGCCGAAGGCCGCCGAGGGCGGCGGCGAGGCCGACGCCGACGCCGCCGCCGGAGAGGACUCGGCCCCCGCGCCCUCCGAGGGCCUGGGCCAGUGUGCCCUCAUCGUCACCGAGCACGGCAUGGGCCUGCGGAUGCCGCUGUGCUGUGCCCGGGUCAGCGUCGCCAGGCGCGGCGGCCGGGGGAAGAAGGUGAUCAAGCUGGCGGACAGCGGCAAGAAGCCGGACCAGGUGGUCGCCGUCGCCAUCGUCUCCGGCAGGGGCGAGGUAAAGGCGCCGACCACGGCCCAUAACGCUCUGCACUUCUACACUCUGGAUCACAAGGACGAGGAGCCCGCCGCCGCCGAGGCCGCCCGCGAUCCCGAGGUGGAGGCGUCGCAGAAUACCUUCUUCAAGCAGAGAGCGGACAUGGCAGAGAGGCUGAGGAACGAGCCAGAGGAAGUCCAGCAGAGGUACCAGAGGCAGGCGGAGGCAGACAAGAGAAGAUACGAGGAGGAGCUGGAGGAAUACAAGAGGCAGGAUAUCGAGGAGGUCAUGCUGGGCAGUACCAACGGGUGCAUCACGCGCAUGCAGACUGGAGCCAUCCCUGUGGUGAACAAGCCCCUGCGAGGCAAGACCCUGGCGAAGCUCGGCGGGAAGGACAAGUUCUGCACCGUUUCGCUGCUGUCGUCCAUGGACGACGACAAGGACGAGGAGGCCAAGCCUGCGGAGCCGGCCAAGCCCGCACCGCCCCGCCCCGCGCCCGUGCCGCGGGCGCGGGCCGCUUCCAGCAAGGCGCCCGCGAGCGCAGCGCCUCACACGACCGCCGACGGCCCUGCCGCGGACGGCCCCAGCCGGCGGUCGCCGGCGAAGCAGCAGAGCGUGCCCACUCCGGUGCGCGCUCGCGGGAAGGUGUCCGCGCCCGGGUCGCCCACGUCGUCGCCGAAGCGCCUGGCGCUGCUCAGCCGGGGCUGCCUGAGAACGGCGCUGACGAGGCUCUCGAUCGUCAAGGCCAAGGUGCGGACGAUGGGCGCGGCGCGGAGGGAGCAGCAGGAGCUAACCUUCAGCGUCCCCAAGUGGGCCGACCAGGCGGCCUAG